AGCGAGCAACACACACAGGAAGUCCUGUCUGGGAUUGUCCAUUCCAAUCCUGAUUUAUACAGGAAGAAAAGCAUAAAAAGCCUCCCUUCCACCUCUAAAGGGACCUCCUGCCUGCCUGCAGCACCAGUGACCAGCCACGCCAGGGAGGCACAGGAGAGGAGCAGAUGCAGCCAGCUGGGGAGGAGAGGCUUUGGCCAUGCAGCAGCGACAAACAGCAGAGGAGGUGGUGGCUGGGUUGUGGAGAGUUGCUUGGAGCAGAAGAAGGUGGCCUAUUUCCCAUGGCUACUGCAGAGGGGCGCAGAGAGGAGGAGAGGACGUAGCAGGUCAAAGUCUGGGUUUUAAGGCUGUGGGAGCAAACAGAGACAGUGGCAAGAACUAUACAGUAAGAAAUCAUGGUGCCGUUUAAAGGAAGCAUCCUCCGUUCAUGACAAAUGACUGAUUUCAACAGAUCAGGGUUCCCCACUGAAGAGAGACAUGCAUUAAGAGCCAGUGCUUCCCACUGAAGAGUGACACCCCUUCAUGCCACACAAUAUCGCACAGCAGGAAAGAAAGAGCCAGCAGAGGACAGGAAAUGCAGAGGAUCAGCUGCCUCCUCAUGGGAUUUGUCUUAAUCCUUGGUGUGACCAGCACUGAGUGUUUUGCCCGGUCAGGGUAAGCCUCUUCUUUGUCCAUCCUUCAGAAGUCUGGCUUGCCGCAUGCAUACCGCUGGGUUUCUCUGCAAGCCAGAAUAAGGACUGGCCUUUCAGGGGGCCAGGCUCAAGGAGACAUGAAAGGCCAAGUUCAGCCAGUCUGCUGCACAUGAAUGAGCCGCUUUCUAGGUGCGGGGACAGGCAAGAGACAACCUUGAAGAUUCUUCUUGGGGUAGUGUAGGUGUUUGUUUGUUUGCUGCGUCUAUAAAGCAGAAAGCCAUCCAAAUACAUUCAAGCGUAUCGGUCUAGGUCCAUGCAGCAUAUACAAAGAGAGUAUCUUUGCCACUUGACUUAGGGAGUCAAAAAGCUAAAUAGAGCAUACACAGCUAAAGAUUUCUUAUUGUGUCUUUAGUGUACACUCCUGCAGGCAUAUACCCCCUUCAAGCAUAAGUGCAAACACACCACUGACACACCCACCCACAUGCAUUCACACACACGUACACACUCCAGAUGCACCCCCCCCCCCGCCAGUACACAUGUAUAUAUGCAUGCACACACAAAUGACCGGUUCACCACGUUCAAUAUCCUGCCACAAGUAGCAGCCAAUAUGAGAUGCAUCAAACUAGUGCAAAAUCUCAUACCCCUAAGUCGGCAAUGCUGUAGAUGGUGGAAAAAUUCCUUCCUGACCACCGUGUCAAUCAGUUUGUGCCCUGAAGCAUGGGAUUUGAUGUCCCCUAUCUGAUCAUGCAUAACUGCUAUUAUUAUUGUAAUUAGAGAUGGGUUUGAACCAAAUCCCUGGAUCGAAACACACUUUGAACUGGGGGGAAAUUCAGAUUUGGACAUAAACUGGGCAACAAGCCCUCAACUCUCUAAUGGGUCAAAACAGCAUCCCAGCUCCAAAGCAAAACUUCCCCCUGACUGCCAUCUUAAAAUUCAGGGAAGUCUGGAUUUGACUCCCCCGCUCCCCCGAGUUAACUCAUUUCCCACUAACUUUGUAAAUAUUGAUAUCUGGACCCCAGUUUUGUAGUUCUGACCUAUCUCGUAUGGUUUUACAGUGAGUGACCCAGCCCAUUGCUACAAUAUCGAAUCUUUUGCAGUCCUGUAGUAAGGAAGUCCACAAGCUGAAUCUCUCUGUCUUGUGCACAUGCACAUGUAUGUGCGUGCGUGCACACACACACAAGGCUGGCUGUUGAUAUACAUACACACACCCAGAGUAGAUAGAUCUUCAUAAUAAUGUCAGCAAAACUGCCUCUUUCAUACCAUUAAUCCAGCAGGGUGAAAUGAGUUAUCCUGAAUUAAUGGAAGGCAUCUGGUGUCAGUGUUUCAGCACUUUAGUUCAAGUUUCUAAUUUGUCUGGGAAGCUGACACAAAUAAUCGGGUUUCUUAGUGGGCUUCUACUCCAGAGGCUAAGAUCUGUGCCAGACAACAUCCAGCUGAACAGAACCUCUCAAGCUGGCAAAAGGGUGCAAAAAUCUUUAACCAAGAACUCUUUGGAUGUGAAGUUCAUGAAACUUUUACAUUGCAUGUGUGUGCGUAUGGAGGGGAGAAGAUCCUGAUCUCAGCAACCCUGGUGCAAAUUUAGAGCUACUUAGUGGAAGGGAUUUUACCCCACUGAGCAGAAUCUGGUCCUUGCUGUUUUUUCUCAUCACCUAGGUGUUGUUUUUCAGUGCUGUCACAGUCUCGGAACGAAAACAAAUCAAAGGCCAUUUAAAAAGCAAAUGAUUUUUCUUACAGCGUUGACAUGUCCCCUUUAAUCUGCUGUUCGGGGGAAAAUGAUUCCCCCCACUAAUUGAUUUGGAUUCCUCUCCUUUGCACGGUAACUUUACAGCAGCCUGCGUCAGCCUCUGUUCUGAGACCUUGCAUGGCAGUCACCCAGCAGCCCUUUCGCUGCAGAUACCUGUUCCCGACAUUGGAAUGAGUGGAAUUGUUUUCAGGGAGAUUGGAGAUGGCCAGCAAGGGCGCCUGGAUGCAAACUGUAGAGGUAGCCUUGCAGCUUUGAGGGGAGAAGGGAGCGUAUCUGCGAGUGUAGAACCUCGUUGAGAUAUGUGCAGAAUAUAAGCUCUCAGUUGCGUGAGGCCCACUGCAGUGGCGCAGGAUAUAGAGCUGAUAUUCAAGAUAUUUACUUGUGUUAAGUUUUGGAAGCCCUAUCAGCUCCUCUUCCCAGCUGCACCCCAAAAACUCUGCUCCAGUAAAUGAGGAAUUAAGGGGGCCUUAGCAAUUGCAUCUUAACCGACCCUCUGCGAGGUUCUUGGCCAGAGUCUCUGCUACUGGAAAUUGGCAUAGCUCCAUUGGAGGCAUGGGGCCAUUGACACUAGCUGAGAAUCAGGUCCCUCAUGGGCCAAAUGCAGCCAUGGAGUAAGAGGGCACAGUUGCACAGAUGGCAGUGGUGUUACAUCCUCUUGCACUGGAGCUGGAUUUGGCUCCAUGGAAGGGUUUUCAGAGCACAUUCCUUACCUGCAUUCCUACACCUGCCUUCGGGCCUGAUUCCCUGUUGCUUUAUGCCUGUCGCUUUCGCUUUGUGUGGGACACGAUGCCUUCUGUCUAGCCGCAGGGUGUGCUCUGUAGAGAUGCAGAAGAGAGCCGCUUCGUAUGUGGAGUCCCACGUGCAGCCUGUCUACCAGCCCUACCUCACAACGUGCCAGGGACACUGGCUCUGCAGUUCGUACAGAACCACAUACAAGGUUGCCUAUCGCCUGGCCUACAGGAGGUUUUCCCAGCCCAUGUAUAUGUGCUGCCCCGGAUGGAGACGGGCAAAUCCCCAUGCAGUCGGAUGCAACAAAGCCAUUUGCAGGUUGCCUUGUCAAAAUGGAGGGAGCUGCUCAGCCCCAGACAGAUGCUCCUGUGCCCCAGGCUGGAGGGGGAAAUCCUGCCAGUCAGACGUGGAUGAAUGCGCUGGCCCGCGCCACGGCUGCAGCCAGCAUUGUGUCAACACACCUGGGAGCUAUGGCUGUGCCUGUGUGGCUGGUCACAGGCUCUCCGCCGAUGGGAAAUCAUGCCAUGCUUCGGCAUCACCCACUGACACAGAGACCUCUGCCUUCCCUGCCCUCAAUCGAUCAGGCGCCUCCAGUGAAAUGAAGGAAGAAAUGCAAGCCCUCAGGAACCAGGUGGAAGUGCUGGAGCAGAAACUCCAGUUACUCUUGGCUCCAUUCCAUAACCUCAUGCCAUCGGCAGCAGAUGACAUCAGCACAGACCCCAUCAGCCAGCUGUUCUACGCCCUGCGGCAGCUGGAUAGAAUUGAGUCUCUGAGUGAGCAGAUCUCCUUCCUGGAGGAGCGACUGGAGACGUGUUCAUGCAAGAACGAACGCUAACAACAACAACAACAAGAGAAGCAGCACUUCAUUAUAGGAGCAGAGUGAAUUUGUAACCCUGGAUUUCCUAUCUCAGCACCUCUUGACCCAGCCUGGCAAAAGAGGCCACGACGCCUUCAGGAUGACGUGGGAUGGAGGCAUAAAGAGCUUAUUUUGAUACAAAGGGCCCUAGGGUGUUUUUCCAAGAAUUGAGCUGCUUGGAGACAGAUUUUAACUUGGAUUUAUUUUUUGCCCCUAUGACAAAGUUGUACGAGAUGCUCAGGAUUAUAACACUUUCUUCCAAGCGCUUGGCCAGCUGGCAUAGCAUCAGCCAGUGCCACACAAGACUUGCUAAAAGCAAAACCAUUUGGUGCUUAAAUUUGUUUGUGACUGAGAGUCAGGUGAAAUCCUAGGCCAACAAUUAAUUGUGUGGUACCACAGCAUGAAAUCUGUGCAAGCUGCAGCUUGUUUAGCUUAGAAAUCUACAUUGUUAAGAGCCUAUAUAGCCAGACCUUGCUAUUGCUAGUACCCAGGGGGGAAAGUUUUGCCAAACCACACAUUGCUUCACUAUUAGAGCAGCAGAUAGAGAUACAGGAGGGCUGGAUUCUGCUCCUUGGCUUUUCCACCACCUCCUUUUUACACAUACCUGAAAUUCACACAGAUUCAAAAUGGACCAAGUCAAAUCUGGUCACUAAAACCUUGCCCCUGAGAGAGCUAGUAUAUAUUCUCCAUUUGAAAUGCUAGAGGGCAUGGGAAGAGGAGAGGGAUAAUCCCUUUGCUUCUUAAAAAUUGGCUUCAUUUACACACUGAAGCCUGGCACACUUGCUUGCCUAUGUGUCAAGAUAACCAGCCAGUUUUGCCAGCUAAACCAGCCUUGGCUCAGAAUGGAACUAGGAGUGGCAGAAUAGCUGUAUUUAAAAGUAGGAAGGGAUGCACAUUGCCAGGUUGCUGUGGGCAAAGCCUGCAGCGCUCAUGCCUUUUUGCAUGGUUAUCUUAAGGCUGCUGGAGGAAGGGUCCUAAUGUUUCUAGAAAACUAACAAGUCUUCUAUGGUACAAUGCUUUUCUACUUAAACAGCUGGAGACUUGAGGUCUAUUAGCUGAGCACUGUGUAGGGUGGUGCAGUUUUUGUAUUAAAGUUAUGGCCUGUA